AUGCGACCGUUAGGAAAAGUGCUCAAGACAGUGACACUCGAAGGACGACCAUGGAAACAAGAAUUGAACCGUUUUCUUUUACAAUAUCGUACCACUCCACAUUGCUCUACAGGAGUACCUCCAUCAGAACUGUUGUUUAACCGAGUGAUAAAAGGAAAAUUACCAGUUACAAACAGCAAGAAGAUUGUCAAUCGACAUAAAGAAGCUCGAGACAAUGAGAAAACACGACAAGAACGCAACCGAGAAUAUGCAAAUCAAAGGAGAAACACAAGAAAAAGUGAUCUACAAGUUGGAGAUUAUGUACUGGUUGGACAAGAAAAGAAAAACAAGCUAACUGCGAAUUUUAAUCACAAACCGUAUAAAGUGAUAAAGAAAACUGGUUCAGAGAUACUUGCCCAAAGUAAAGAUGGUCAUAUUGUGAAACGGAACGUGUCACAUUUCAAGCGAAUAAAUAAACCACGAGAAGAAGACAUUGAUGAUGACGGUUUCGAUUAUGAAGAAAACUCGCAGGACAAUCAACCAUCCAUCAGUAAUGAAAACAACGAAGUACCAAGAAGAUCAAGCCGAAUUCGAAGACCACCGAAUCGAUACGGACAUGAAUAUCCAUCAAAUCUAAUAAACUAA